AUGAUCCCACGCAUGAUCCCACCCAAGAUCCAACGCAAGAUCCCACCCAAGACCCGAUGCAAGAUCCCACACAAGAUCCCAUACUUGGAGGGGAGGCCAAUUUGGCACGUAUCCGAUCUCAACAAAAAAGGGAAGUUCACGCCAGGUGCUGUAAAGCACUUCGAGCUCCGUCAUCCGACACCGCUGGAAGCUUCAAUUGCGGAACGACAGGAUUCGAGCUUCUUCGGGCACGUGGACGGCAUAACUACGGAACCGCCUCCAAGCGGUCUCACGAUUUUGAUAUUUUGCUGGUCAUACAUUCUCUGUGCGUCCCUUAUUGAGCGUCAGGGUUACCGCGUGACUUACACCGAGCACCUCCCAGAGGCAACGUCCUCCGACCUGCCAGCCUUUCGUCUUCCCUCUGAUGCUUCUGACAGCUUGGAAAGGUGGCUGUGUGCCUUAUUGGCCCCUAAGAUGGGGUGGACAACUUCACAGAAAUGCGGCUUGCCCCCCUGGGCUCUCAUCUCACCGCGCAUCACUCCCUCUCGGCCUCGACCAAAGCUAGUCGAAGUACAGGCUCCGAACUCAGAAGAAGCCCUGCUAUUACUUAAAGAGCUAUGUUCCUGGUACAGCCUACAUCGCUCGGACGCCACCAUGCCAGCACUUGAAUCGUCAUUCAUCGCGGCAUUAGCCAUUCCGUACUACCGAUGGGCCGAGCUUGGUUUACAACUGCCACCGCUCGCAUCGAUUGAGCCUCGCUCGUCGGCCAAUCCGUCAGACGUCUGUGGCGAGAUCAUUGACAGAUACUUCAAACAUCUUCCAUACUACAUGACUCUCAGUUUGCAGCCUAUAUCAUUCGGCUCUAUACUCUGGAGCGUUUUCUGGCAGCCCUCUGUUGCGUGCAAUGUGGCGAGUUCCUGGCUCAACUCAACUCUGGACCCAGUCAUUGCCAAAAGAGACGUAGGGCAAUUGGCCCGGAUCUUUGCUGCUCGCCGCCCUCUCGCAGCAAUCCUUUGGCUUGGCGUGUUUCUCCUAGGAGAUAUCAAAAUCCUAGACAGAAUCAGUCUUACAGAGGGAAAAGCCCUUCCACUCGGGGGUCCUCCAGAUAUUACGUCUUUCUGGGAUUUACCGUGCGAAUCUCAGCUCCCAGACGGAACCUACGACAGAGCCGAAAUACUUCAAAGACGACUGAAUUUCCAGCUCUCAGAUCAGCUCUUGAUUCUCUUUGCUUGGAAGCCAUUCUCUCCCAUGGACAGGACCAGCAUAGAAAUGGACCUCCACGGCUAUCUAGAGCAUCCCUUUGCCCGUCAGUAUGUUUACUGGCAAUGGUUGGGUGUAUCCCGUGGUUUUCGGCAGGAGCAAAAGGGCUAUGUGGCACCCAAUGAUAAUCUCGGCUUCCAACACGGAAGUCCUAUCAUUACACCUGGCAAGAGAAUCACAAAUAUGGCGCCAUCCAAGCGCGCGACCCUGACGAUGCUCGACUUUAGCAUGACGAAUUGUCGUGGGGACAGAUCUCUCGACUACGCCUCUAUCCCAGGAUUGGACAAGAAUCAUGCGUGGUUAAGAGACUGGAGAGGAUUGGAGUAG